CAAACAUUUGAACUAUUCGAACCAUUUUUACCAUUUAAACCAUUUGAUACUUCAGGACUGGACAUCGGAACUAAAGGCAUUGCCUUAAAUUCUUUUCUCACAAACUUUAUUCCUUACGCUCCCCCAAAACUCAAAUAUCCCUCAAGUUAGGGGAAUAUCACUACAAGCUUUCGAAUCAUAUGAGCAGAAAUACGUUAGUCUUUUUCAUUCUUCAUACCAAUUAUUUAGCAAUUGGCUAAAAUAUCUCUCCUGUCAUAAACGUCAUCGUAAACGUGGAAAAGAUGGUGAUUCCGAACUGCACUAACUGUGUAAACAAGCAAAACCCAGACAAUAUUAAACAGAUUGACCAGGAUGAAAGUGUUAAGGAGACUUUAUCACUGUCAACUAUUAGUCAUAUUCCUGGUGUUGGAGACGGAGGUUCAGCAAGUUUAGGUGACUGGUCUGCUGUUCACCAGCUUGAUGGAAUCGAUGCCUCAAAAGUGAACCUAUUGUGUGAUGGCAACAGCAAUAAUACAUCCUCUUUACUGGGUGUUCUCAAUCGAGUAGAAUUCUGUGAUCGCCUGGAGUCCAUAGUUGUUCGGCUUGAAAAGAUAGCGCAAGCAAUGAUUCCAGAAAAAACUACUGGACUGAUUGCUUUUGAAUCACUUAUUGCUAAUAGCCUAAAGAAUUACAUUGCAUGUAGUAGAAAGUUGGGAGGAAACAUACAAUCUCAGUCUUUAUGUGUUCAAAAUGCUUUUGGCUUCGUCAGGGAUCUCAUUGAAUUAUCCAGUAUUUAUAGUAAACCGAGUGAAGAGGAUAUGGAUAUUCAUUUGAAACCUCUUCAUUAUAAGAUAAUUGAAAUAACAAAUUUCAAGGUUGGAGCGAUGUCUGUACGGAAAUGUCAAUUAUCAACUAUUGCAGAUUCUAUUCUUAUACUGAAUUGGGUUGGGUCUAGUACAGCACUGCAAUACGUGAAAGAAUUGAAGGAUUCCACAUGGUUGAAUGCUAACAAAGUCUUUCAGUAUUGUCGUGGGAGCCUUCCUGAACAUGUUGAGUGGUUACGCUCAUGGCUCUCUUGUGUAGAUGAAUUAUGCAUAGUUGUUGAAGAACACUUUCCUUACGGUUUAAAAUGGAAUAAUAACGGCCCAAAACUACCUUUACCUACUGUUGAAAUACGUCCAGUUCAGUGUUUGCAAGAGAGUCGUACUAAUGCACAUGAAAAAACGUCAACAAAGGCUUCUCAUCCUAAAUUAUCAGUACAGUCACAAUUGAAUCCAGUUGAUAUAAACAAGUUGUUUGCUGAAUUAACAAAUGCUCAUAAACAUUUACGUCAUGUCAGUGUACCAGAUAUGCUCUGAAAAUGAGUAUUCUAGUGAAUAUAUCUUAAAAAAAUAUUAUCAACAAAUCAAUUUGUUCAGGUGUAAUGGUUAUAGUUACAUACAAUCCGACUUCUCAGUCUACAAAUGUGCCUUCUAUCAUGGGGAAAAAAGGUCUCGUUCAUUUUUAUGGCUGAUCUCUUAUGCUUUUCAUAUUUACUUGGAAUUAAUAACAUAUAUAUAUAUCCCACUAUUAUCAUGUUAUGCAUUUAUACUGCUACUUGUUAUACUUUAUAACUAAUAUAAACAUAUAUUUCCUGCAUUUUUUUUUUACAAAAUUUAAUUAUUAUAUCAUGAAGUAAGCGAAAGAAUGUUUUUUUUACAUACUUUCACUUUUAUUGAUUAUAAAUAGUACUGUAUGAUCAGUCUGCUUGUUUUUCUUCAGAAAGUAUUCAUUCACAAAACUAUUGACAACUAAUAGGAUAUUGGGUAUGUGUAUGUGGCACUUUGUUUUCUUUUUCCAUCUUUCAAAUGAAUUUUUCUUAAUACUUCCAUUAUGAAUCCGUUUUUGCAAAUACAUAGAUGGUUACACAAAAAAUGGUUGGUUAAAUACCAACAUGGGCGGCUUUCCAAAGGAUAAUGUGUUUUGCUUAAUUUAGACGAUGAUUGCACGCAUCAUUAAUGCAUUUACUUUUUGUCUUCAUGUUGAUCUAGCAUUUGAAAAAAAUUAUCUUGUGUUUUUUAUUCUACGAAUAUGUUACUCUUGAGUCA